UUUAAGCACCCGGUAUAAAUCUAAGUAAUCCAUGAAAAAUCUAUACAAUAAGAGAUCCUUAUGACUUUUCAUUGCUGUAUUUAUGUAAUACACAUCAAUGUCGUUUGAAAUAAUUACAAUCAUACCGUGACGCCAUCGUAAAAUGGUAUUAUAAAGUAAACUGUGUAAAAAUAGCAUUCUGUUUUUUCAAUGCGAUUGAGCUGAUCAGUUCCGUCUGUAAAUAUUCAAAGAUAGAAAGCAUUAGUGAGGUGUUAAAGGUGUGGCAUCGUAAUAGAAUAAGGUUUUUACAUAUUUUCUACACCUUGGUGGUUCUUCAAGUAUAAGCAGCGAAAGUCAAAGAUUCGUAUCAAAACUGGCAUACUCCGCACUCUACGUACAUUGUCCACAUGUCAGCCUACAUCUUUUCACCCCACCGGAGAAAGCGAAAAUUAAUCUUAUUAUUUAAUCCAACAUCUGGAGAGACAUUUCAGACGAUACUUUUCUUGGCCUAAGACUGUGUAGGCUCGUUGCGAACCUUGGCGAUGUUAUAAGAACGAGAAGUUUCUUAACUUGCGUUUGUUGAUACGCGGGAUUUUGUCGCGGUAACAACGCAUCUUAUAAGUCGAAUCAUGCUGAAUAUUGUGGUUGGCGUAGCUUUACUAGCUAUUGCUUAUGCUGAGCAACAAGCUGCGGUGGUCUAUCUUUUUGACCCAUCUGGCAAAUCCGGUGUUAGCGGAAAUGUCAAAUUCAUCAAAGAAGAAAAGGGCGUUCAUAUCGAAGGAGAAAUCCAUGGACUCACCCCCGGGAAACAUGGCUUCCACAUUCAUAAUCUAGGAAAUAUUGGACCUGGAUGUACGGGUGCAGGACCUCAUUUUAAUCCACUAAACAAAACCCACGGUGGCCCCACGGAUCAAAACCGUCACGUCGGUGAUCUCGGCAACAUUGUAGCCGACGCAAGCGGUGUUGCCAAGAUCAACUUCAUCGACAACGUCAUCGACCUUGAGGGAAGCCAUUGUAUUCUUGGACGGGCCGUGGUCGUCCACGAAAAAGAGGAUGAUCUUGGAAAAGGUGGAAAUGACGAAUCCCUGAAAACUGGCAACGCUGGAGGAAGAUUGGCGUGCGGUGUCAUCGGCAUCCUGUAAAUAUUUUGAUCAAAUGGAAGAACUGUGUCCAGAGCAGGUUUUGAUCAAGUUAAAUUUCAACAUAAGGUCAUUAAAUUAGUUUGGAAAAUUGAAAAAUGUAGAAAAUCUUGAAGACUUUGAAAAUCUUUAAAAAUGAUUUGAAAAAUAUGAAACUUUGUGAAAUUUCAAUACUUUUAAAAUCUCGAAAAUUUUGUUAAUUUCAAAAUUUAGAAAAGUUAGAAAAUGUUGAAUAUUUUGAAAAUUGUAAAUGUAUAUUCUAGAAUACUUCUCAGGGAAGCGUCAUUGUUAGCUUAACAUUAAAGGAGAAACCAGUCCUCAAACGACAAAAAUGGCGCUGAAUUCCCAAGUUAUCUUUUGAGGCCAAUGGUAGAAAUCGACAUUUUCUAGUCAUAUAAACAAGAUUUUCGUUCAAUGUACACUCAUCCCACUUGUUUUCUUUUGAAUCGAUUCGAAUACGUAAUCGUAAGCAUACAAAAAAUGCCUGCUCCAAGCAUAGUACUUUACCUGUAUUCUUUUGUUGUGCUUCAUCGCCUUUUCUUUAAUGUUUUCUGUGCUGCUUUUGUAAGAUUCAACUGUGGAACCUGUAAAAAUUUCCUUACUACGAAAUAUAUGGUUCUUGUACUGCUAUUUUUGUUCGAGAUCAUGCUGUGUCGUUUUUCAUUUCAUUCCUUUUUACCCAUUUAUUUUGUUUCCUAAUGUGAAAAUAAUAGAAAGAAUAAGAUGAUCCAGGCGAUGAAUCAAGUUCUUCUGUGGUAUGCUAUCUAAUUUUUUAAAUAAGCCACUUAACCUGGAUUCAUAGGGUUAUGAAUGGAUAUAAAAAAAUAAAUGUCCAAAAUCUUGUUUAGCAACCCACUGCCUAAUCAGUUUUUCCGUGUAUAGUACAGUCUAAGUAUACCCCUCACUCUAAGGUUAGAUCCGCCCCCCAGAGUUUUUAUCUGGAUACGCCACUGAGUUAGUUUACUAUGUUAGGAUGCAAAUAGGACAAUUGCCGACUUUUUCAUAAAUUAUGUGUAAUACCAUUAGCAACAAAAUAGUAUCAGUAGAAAAAAUUUGGCCCAUCUAGACGUAACUGAGUUAUGUACUCGUAUAAUAACCUGCCGAAAUUGUAUCCGUUAACAUGAUAGACAUUUCGUGGAAUAAAAAUAUGCUAGAAUUUGAAAUCUUGUCGGCAAAUGCUUACACAUUUAGAAUGUAUAUAAAAGUAAGUACCAUCUUCUUUUUAUAGGUCUGGGGACUUUACGUCAAGUAGCUCAAAAUCAGGUUCCUGUUCAGUUUUAAUAGCUCUUAUUGCGGUAUCAUUCUUAAAAUUUGUGAUAACUUAAUAAUUUGAUUGUAUCAUUGUAAAAAAUGCAGUUUAUUUUCUGGCUUUGAUAUCUACUUAAUUUAAUUUUGUAUUCUUCAUAUUGUAUAUGUUAAUGCAGUAUUAAAUUGUACUUCGAAAUCUUUGCAAAUUAUUUAUUUGCUUGUGAUAAAAACUUUGUAUCGUUAGUUUAGAAUAGUAGAGUUGAAAUACUCUUAUAUUGUAUGAAUAUAAGCUCUUAGCUUGAAUGAUUAAAUGUACUUGUUGGUAAUAUAAGUAAAGUAAAAAAUAAUAUAAUAAUAAUAAAAAAAUAUUUUUAAAUAUCAAUAUUUGAAUAUAAUAGAAAUAUAGAAUCCUUCAAUAAAG